AUGUCGGCUCACUACGUGGGACAGAUCGCACCUAACUACAUCCAUUCCACGAUGCAGUCCAACAGUUCGGAUGAUUCUUUCACCUUUACCGUCGGCAAGCUUGAUGCUGGCAUGGCCAUCCUCAUCGGUGACAAGGCUUCCCUGAUCGAGUUCCCCUCUCUCCUCCUCCCACCAGGUGUGUCUUCGGGUAGCGUCGUCAACAUCCGUGUACUGCGAAAUGACCAGCAGGAACGACGCCAGAAAGACGAGUUCGAUCAACUACAAGAGGAUAUUCUCCACACUUUCGGUCAACAAUCGCCCAAGCCACCAGCGCUCAGGCUCCGAAAUGUGACCCAAACUUCUGUAACACUGGAAUGGGAUCGCCUGACGCUGGCGACUGCCACGUUGCUGUCACUCGACAUCUAUCGAAACGGUCAGAGGCUGGCACCUAUUCCGAAUCCGCUUCACAACACAUCUACCAAGUUGUCCGGUCUGGAUGUUAAUGCAGAGUACACUUUCCAUCUCGUACUCAAGACCACUGCCGGUACCUUCUCGUCGCCCGUGAUCAAGACACGCACUCACACGAUCAACGACACCUCCGGAAUCAGCGUCUGCUUCGGUCAUGUACACGAUGCCGAGAUGCUGCAAGCAGCUAAGAAGGCGCUCACCAGUAUGAAGGCAAAAUGGCACGACCGCAUCCAGAUUGAAACAACGCACUACGUCUGCACCGAUCCAAGGAGUCCGGGAGAUGUCAACGCGCCACAGGGCUCGCAAGGCCAAGGGUAUAGCAAGGCAAUGCAGUUGAGCAUCCCAGCUGUGCUGCCGCAUUGGAUCUUUGCAUGUCACGAUCAGAAAAAGAUGGUCGGCAUUUCGGCUUUCUACCUUGACCAAGAUCCACCCAACGCCAGCACAAUCAGGCAGAGCAUUGACCAGGUGCUGGGCAAGCAAGUUACAUCCACAUCCGCAUCCACAUCAGCGUCAACGACUGCACCAACCCAAAAUGCAGCCGAGUCUGCAGCCAACACCACCGCUAAUGUGUCCCCACCUCCUCCUCCUCUCGAGAAGGAUGCGGCUACACCAAAGGUGGUAGAUGACCGAGUCGCAACGCAGCCAGCACCGCCUGCUGCAGAGGACGUCUCGCCACCCACCGAGCAAGCUGCCGACUCGGCCGCAGCCGCGCCCGAGGUGUCUGGUUCAGCGCUAGGUCUCAGCCUGACUGAUUCACAGCCGUCUUCAUCCACACCGAUCAUUACCACCUCAGCACCGUCCGAAGAUGCCGAUGUCCAACUACCAUCUUCCGCCACCACCGUCCCACCGCCUCCUCAAGUGAUUAUCACUUCGAGCGAGUCGCAAGAACAGCUCACGUCGGACGAGCCAGCAGCAUCUGCCACCAGCCCAGAAGGCGCACAUACCCACAUACAAACCCUCGGCGAAACAGACGAAGACGGAGACGCCGACGCCGACGCCGAUGGCGAGAUGGACGACGUCAGCCUGGGAGGCCCAAAUGCAGACGACGAGAUGGACCAGGACAAGCGUGUGUAUUAG